AUGGAGGCGACAGAAGCAUCGCCCUCUGGACCGGCGCGCAGGGGUGGAUUUAGGCCGAACCUUGCAGGGCGCGGUGGUCGCAAGCCAGUCCCCCUGGGUCAGCCUGGAGCGCCUUCAUCUGCGCUGCCAAUUCUUCAGACCGAUCUGAUAUCAGUAGGCAAACGCAAGGACACGGGCAAAGAGAAAGAUGACGAGCCAGAUGACCGUGAUGAAGAGGAAGCCACCCCAACCACACCUCAGAAGAAGCCCAGGCUCGACACAUCCACCUCAUCGCUCACCACCCCAACCAGCAGCGGACCGAGCCCCAUCGUCAGCGCCCGAGCCAGCCGAGCGGCUUCGGCAGUGCCAUCCUCCCCGUCGGCCUCGCCCUCCAGCAGCACCGGCGGGCCACCGCCCAUCAGGGCCAAGCGAGCCAGCACCCUCAAGGACGUCGUGCGCGCCAACAGCGGCACGCCCAUGGCUCCCACCGGCUCCGAAGAGCAGGUGCGCAGCAUCAACCGGCCAGCGCCGCGAGAAGAAACGGCGACUGCGGCUGCCCCACGGCAGGCCAUGGGUCCGCAGGUGACCAUCGAUCCCGAGACGGGAGAAAUCAGUCUGCUGGUGAACACGACCCAGAGGGACGAGAGCGUGAACUACUCGUACACGUACGAGGACCAGGAAUCAAAGAACACCAACUUUCAGCGACAUAGGAGGAAGAACCAGCGCAACAAGUGGACCCGAGAGCAAACCGACGCCUUCUACAACGCGCUGCGUCGGUAUGGCACGGACUUCACGCUCAUCCAGCUGCUGUUCCCCGACCGUUCACGCGACCAAAUUCGCAACAAGUUCAAGAAGGAGGAGAAGGAAAACGGUCCUCGGAUCGACCUCGCGCUCCGAAGUCGUCUUCCCAUCGAGGAAAACGAGCACAGGCUGUUGGCGGACAGGGCAAAGGCGAUCGCGGAGCAGGAGAAACGCGCCCGCGAGCUCAAGGAGAAUGGAGAGUCCGACAUCCCGGCGCCCGCACCGGCGGCCCAACCGGCAGCGCGCAAAGGCCCGAGCGUCAUCGCACCAGCGAUCGGGCGGCCAACCGAAACCGCCGCUGAUGGCGGCGCGGAGGCGGCAGCCGAUGUGGCUCCCGUAGCACCAAAGACCACCAUCGGACCCAACGGGGAGAUUAUCAUGGACAGGUCCGAAUACGAAGCCCAGCACCGAUACGAUGACGACGAGGUCUAUGACGCCGGCGGGUAUGACGACGAUGGUGACGACUACGGCUACACAGGCGGUAACGACGAUCACGACGACUACUAA